AUGACGGUGAAGGAAGCGGCGCACGCCGAGGCGCUCCUGGCGCGAUACGCCGAACGCGAAGGCGUCUCCGUGACGGACGUCGUCGCCAUCGAUGACGAGGAUGGCGAGUGGGCGGGAGAGACGUACGAGCGUGGCGAAGCACGACAUGCGGAUGAUGCGUAUUUAAAGUUCGCCCGCCGUCUGCAGCGCGCGCCUGAUCAGUGCAUGCGAUACGACGUCGGCGGCAUGAAGUUCAUCUGGCCGACGAAGACGCCGCCACCGUCAACUUCGUGCGAUCGCUGCGGCACCACGCGCGUGUGCGAGCUUCAACUCACUCCGGCACUUUUGCGAGACGUUGAAGAUGCGUUGUCGAUGCACAAGGGCGAUAAAUCGCGCCUCGCGAGCGAAGAGGAUCUCUUGGGCUGGGAUUGGCAAACCGUCUGCGUGUUCGCGUGUCCAAACGACGCGUGCGUCGUCCCAUCCACCGACGUGCAUCGGAACGUCUCGUACGCCCUCGAGCGCGUCUUCGUGGCCGAGAGUGAGGCGCCUGGGGAUGCCCUGCUCAAAGCCACUCGCGCGUCCUAA